AUGUCCACAUCGGAGUCGUCUGUGCUGAAGAAGCAGCGCGCAAGGAUCCCCUGGCUGGAGGCGUCCCUGGAUACAAGCAUUGUCGCCUACGAGUUUCACCGCAACGCGCUCGAGAACGUCUACGCGUAUCUGGAGAAGUGGCAGCAGUCGCCUGGCGAGGGGUGCAUCCACAUUAGCCCAGCAACGUUAAGUGAGCUGCUGAACGACAUCGCCGAUGUGCUGGAGCAGUGCGCGCUACGGCUGCAGCCCAUAGACGGCGCAACGCCAGCCGCAGAUUCGCCAACGGAGCAAGCACACUCGGGUCACCGCUUCGGGGACGCGCAUCUCUAUCCCGACAAUGCCCGCGGAACGCGUCGGAACCAGGCAGUGCCCGCCCCACGACAGCAACAGCCCCAGAUGACCCCGCGGUCUGUCUCGGAGCUGUCGAGGGGGAGCCGCCCACGCGGAGCGGAAGACGAUCUGCAUGAGGCAUCGGCGGCGACAACGGAGAGCAGGCAGCACCUGCAGCCGAAGCCGGUGUUGCAGUACCGCCCGCUGUCAUCGUCACGCUCCCGCACGUCGUCUGUGCUACCGGCGAUGAACGCGGGAGCGGCUGAAGCAGUGCCGCCCGUGUACACGACGAGCGCCGACUCAACGCCGCCGCCGUCGCAGGCGCUGGCCGGCUCGUGUAAGCCCCAGCCGAGGCCUCGCGCGCAGCCUCGCAAUCGGACGGGUGUGGCACUGACGCCGUGGCCCAUCAUGGCCGACAGACAGCAACCAAGUGGCGCCGCAGCUGGUCCGGCAGAUCGCACUCGAAGCAACCCGACGCCGCCGUCGGCCCGCCUGCGAGCGGAGGAGAACCACAAUGAGCUGCCCGCACCGCAGUACAGCUCUUACAAGAAAACGGGGCAUCCUCUACUGCCCUCGCCGGAGCGGCGCGCGGCCGCGGAAGAACUCGCGGAACUCGCGGCGGCCGAGGCGGACGUAAAGGCGGAUAGCGCAUACCAGCAGUCUCUCAGCGGGUGCAGCCACAGCCGCGAGAGUGAACGCAACUGUGUCAGCGCCGGGCAUCGCUGGCCUUCCCCUUCCUCGUCGCUGACGUCGCCGUCGCAUCAACUGCCGCCCCCACCGCCUCUGCAGGGGGAGCACCACGGCCAAAGUUACUGGAGCGAGGAGCAAGACAUCCCAUAUCGUCGGGGCUCCUCGGCAGCUGGCGAGCACCGCAGCAGCAACACGGGCACCGGCAGCCACAUCGGCUCGGGCCUGUCUGAGGAGGGUCCACACGCUGACAUUGCACCAGCAGCUGCGAGUGGGCGCCGGGCGGCGGCGACGGUCACCUCCCACCACUCGCACCCGGCGCCGUCGCACCAGCAAAGCAGUGCCGGUGGUCGCGCUCUCAGUCACACAUCCAGUACUCUCAAGGGCAGUCCCUCGGAUGCCGCGGUGGCAGCCGUGGAGUCGCUAUCUUACGCGUCGUCCUCCAUCCCGCACCGUCCUUGCCAACCACGCGGCGGCGCAGCCGGGGCAGCAGCAAUGUAUGCAGGCCAUCCCGUGGAGGCGUCGCAGGCGGGCAGCCUCGGUCUUGUCUACACUCCCAGUGUGACGCCACAGCGGGGCUCGGACAACGGGGCGGUGGUAACGGCCCUGCAGCAGCUCGGUGAGCGCCGCCGCCUGCGCACCCACAGUCAGCGGCCCAUCCCCCCGAAAACGAACGACAGCAGCCAGGUCGAGUCCACCGUGUACCACCGUCGCACGUUGUCGCCCUCAGCGGGGCUGAAGCCUUUGCGGGCCGACUCGCCGGAGACGCUGCGCUUCAUGGAAAGGGAAGACGUCUUCCUCGAGAAGCAGCGGCGACGACUGCUGGGGGAGGAGCACCGCGACCCUCUCCAAUCGCAAAACAACGCCGGCGCCACGCUUUACAUCACGGCUAAUCCUGGCGGUCAGCCCGUCGCGGACGGCGGCAAGGCUGGCAAGGAGGCGGCGCCGGAAAUAACGGCCGUCGAGGAGCAGCUCAUCGCCGAGCACGCGAUCUUGUGCACGCAGCUCGAAAAGAUGCAGAUGGAGAUGUCCAUCGCGGUCGCGCGACACCGUGAGCGCGGAAAUGAGCAGCGCUACACACAGCUGAACACGCGCAUGAAGCGCGUGAUGAAGGACCUGGACAGGGUAGAGUGGGAGCUGCGCGUCGUGCGCAAUAUUGGUCGUCAGUCCCGCUCGCAAUCUCCCGCGAGCGGCAUAUAG